GCUGCUCUCCGCAGGCCUCCCAGGAAGAGCUGAAAGGUGCCUACCGCCGGCUGUGCAUGCUCUACCACCCAGACAAGCACAGAGACCCCGAGCUCAAAUCGCAGGCCGAGCGGCUCUUCAACCUCGUGCACCAAGCGUAUGAAGUGCUUAGUGAUCCACAAACCAGGGCCAUUUAUGACAUUUACGGGAGAAGAGGACUGGAAAUGGAAGGUUGGGAGGUUGUGGAAAGGAAGAGAACUCCAGCUGAAAUCAGAGAAGAAUUUGAGCGUUUGCAGAGAGAGAGGGAAGAGAGAAGACUGCAGCAGCGAACUAAUCCAAAGGGAACAAUUAGCGUUGGAAUAGAUGCCACGGACCUCUUUGAUCGUUAUGACGAAGAAUAUGAGGAUGUGCCAGGGAGCAGCUUUCCCCAGAUUGAAAUAAAUAAAAUGCACAUAUCGCAGUCCAUCGAGGCGCCGCUGACCGCCACAGACACAGCAAUUCUGUCCGGGAACCUCUCCACCCAGAACGGGAAUGGAGGCGGCUCGAUUAAUUUUGCUCUGAGGCGGGUGACGUCUGCCAAGGGAUGGGGAGAGAUGGAGUUUGGAGCAGGAGACCUUCAGGGACCUCUCUUUGGUCUGAAGAUAUUCCGUAAUCUUACACCAAGAUGCUUCAUCACUACRAACUGCGCUCUGCAGUUCUCAUCCCGGGGCAUCCGGCCGGGCCUCACCACGGUUCUAGCCCGCAACCUCGACAAGAACACGAUGGGCUACUUGCAGUGGCGCUGGGGCAUCCAGUCAGCCAUGAACACCAGUAUUGUUCGGGAUACAAAAACCAGCCAUUUCACAGUGGCGUUACAGCUGGGAAUCCCCCAUUCUUUCAUGAUGGUUAGUUACCAGCAUAAGUUUCAGGAUGAGGAUCAAACACGAGUGAAAGGUUCUCUCAAGGCAGGUUUCUUUGGGACCAUAGUGGAGUAUGGCGCAGAGAGGAAGAUUUCUAGACACAGCAUCCUAGGAGCCACCGUCAGCGUUGGUGUUCCCCAAGGAGUGUCCUUGAAAAUCAAGUUGAACCGGGCUAGCCAGACCUACUUCUUCCCUGUCCACCUAACAGAUCAGCUGCUGCCUAGUGCUGUAUUUUAUGCCACCGUGGGACCCCUAGUUAUUUACUUUGCCAUGCACAGGCUAAUCAUCAAACCUUACCUCAGGGCACAAAAGGAGCGAGAGCUGGAGAAGCAAAGGGAGAGCACUGCCAGUGACAUCCUUCAGAAGAAGCAGGAAGCAGAAGCUGCAGUCCGGUUAAUGCAGGAGUCUGUCCGGAGGAUAAUUGAGGCAGAAGAAGCCAGAAUGGGUUUGAUUGUAGUGAAUGCCUGGUAUGGGAAAUUUGUCAAUGACAACAGUAGGAGGAAUGAGAAGGUGAAAGUAAUAGAUGUGACCGUGCCCCUGCAGUGCUUGGUGAAGGACUCCAAGCUCAUCCUUACAGAGGCCUCCAAGGCUGGGCUGCCAGGUUUCUAUGACCCCUGUGUGGGUGAGGAGAAGAAUUUGAAAGUGCUUUAUCAGUUCCGGGGAGUCCUGCACCAAGUGAUGUCAGCUGACAAUGAGGCCCUGAGGAUACCAAAGCAGUCUCACAGAAUUGAUGCAGAUGGCUAAUCUGGUGAGAGUCCGUCUGUUACGAUGCCUGGGUCAACAAACUGCAAAAGCUUCCCUGGGAUGUUACAAGUGUGAGCAGAGACAUUUUUAUUUUUGUGAUCCAUAUAGGAGGUGGUGUCACACCAAUUAUGUUAGGAGGCAAGAUAAGAACCUGCUUCUGCAGGUGGCUCCGAGGCAAUACUGCUCUGAAUUGUGGCUCGGUAACCAAUAAAGCAACGUGACUCUGAACACGCAGUGCUUUCUGCUGAGGUUGUGCGAACGGGCACUGAGCACCGGCCCUCAUUCUGCCCCUCUUGCGGGCUGCAGUUUGGCCACGGGCAGUUUGUGUAGUCUCACGUAUUUCUUCUUGCACUGAGCAGGAAAGAAGACCUGUUGCGUGCACUUCUCCUACUUCCUGGGGUUGGUAUCACCUUUCUGUACUGCUGAGGGGAAGGGAGGUUCUGUGGCUGCCUCCAGCAGAGCUUCUGUGCAAGUCCUGUUCUUGGAGAGAGGCCAGAGAUUGGGUUUUUCAACCCAAAUCUACAUUUGAAAUGUACUUGUUACAGACAAGUAUGUUUGGAAUGAAGUUUGUUGAUUUUUGUAAUGGAACACAGACCUCUUCACCUUGAAACCAUCCAGCUGCUCCUAACACCCAUUUUAAACAGUGCUACUUCAGAUGAAGGCCCUGGAUAUAAUAGUCUGUUUAAUUCCAUUCUGCCAACUAGAACCCYGUUCAACAUGGGGUUCUCAAGAAAGUAGGGAAGUAAAGUGACCAGAAGGACUGUAAUUCAUUUCAUCCCGAUGUGGUGCUGCAGGUCUCUUCCCCUCUAAAACCGAGGAAUGUAGUGGAUAUAGUAAAUAAGACCAAAGGAAGGAGAGCUGUCAAAUGGAGCAAAGACCUGAACCCUUGAGUUGCCUCUUCUAAAAAGCAUCAGUUGUGACAUAAAUUCCCCGCAGUGGUUUUGCAUGGAAGCCAUGCCCAUGAUUUUGCCAGGAAAGGGGACACUCGUUCUGGCAACACAGCAACUGGAAGUGGCAGCUUUUCACUGUCUCCUUCCACAGCACGGAGGGAUUUUGUUUUAUGUGGAAAAGGGAUAAAUCAUGGCUGAGCUGUAGUUCACUUUGUGGCGUGUUCUAAAAUAGCCUUUAACACUUACAUGCAGGAGAUGCAUAAAAAAACAUGUAUGGGCACCACAUUGCUGCUCUUGAUAAUUCCUGCAGCARAUCACUUCCCAGCAAGCA